CCCGUUCUUACCCAGUAGCGAUUCAACGCGCGAACCUUACUCACGCCUGCUAGUGAAGUGGUAGUGCAGUGAUAGUGUUGUGCAACUUGUAUCGGAUGCCAAAACAAUAAUUGGCACGCGCACGGAAUAUAUGAUUGGAAGAAAAUGUUUACUCAAUUUAGAUGUCACGUUUUAGACAAGCUAAAUUGUGUAGUUCUACUAUAAAAGUGUGAGUUUGUGAGUGAUUUAUCGCAAUGGAUAUUGAUGAAAAAGUAUCGGGGCCCGGCGGAGCCUCGCAGAAAAACUGGACUCACUUAAAUACCAGUAACGAUGAACUCCCCCUGGAAAUGCGUUUUAAUCACGGACACAUGGUUUCUAUCACGGUGUACAGCGUUCUUAUGAUGGUAUCCGCUGCUGGGAACUUGACGGUGCUAUCUCAGUUGGUUAGGAGAAAGAGAAUGGGCAGAGCCAGUAGACUCGAUGUGCUGCUCAUGCAUUUGGCGGUGGCUGAUCUUAUGGUGACAUUCCUGAUGAUGCCGUUGGAGAUAGCGUGGGCUGGGACAGUGCAAUGGCUGGCAGGCGACCUCAUGUGCCGUCUCAUGAUGUUUACACGUACCUUCGGACUCUACCUUUCCAGCUUCGUUCUCAUUUGCAUAGCAAUUGACAGAUAUUAUGCGAUAUUAAAACCACUUAACGUGACUUGGGAAGCAAGAGUUCGUCGAGCGCUAACUAUUGCGUGGGUCUGUGCAGGACUCGCAAGUUUGCCUCAGAGCUUCAUUUUUCAUUUGGAAGAACAUCCUGACGUCAGAGGGUACUUCCAGUGCGUGUCAUACGGCUCGCUGCCAACAGAGCGACAUGAGUUCGCUUAUUUUCUACUGAAUAUGACGCUAAUGUACAUCGCACCACUAGUGUCCACGCUCUAUUGCUCGUCUGCGGCUUUAUUAGAAAUUAUUCGUCGAGCUAAUACCGCUAAUGAUAAAAUGCGUCGCAGCGGCGUCGGCAUUCUGGGGAGGGCGAGGGCGAGGACUCUUAAAAUGACAGUCACAAUCGUUCUAGUGUUCUUCACUUGCUGGUCGCCCUACUACUGCUAUUGUAUGUGGUAUUGGAUAGAUAAAGAUUCAGUGAAAAGUCUAGACCCAGCAUUCCAGAAGGCGAUGUGGCUCUUUUCGUGCACAAAUUCUUGCGCGAACCCCAUUGUAUACGGCGCUUUUAAUAGAAACCGGUGGACGUGGCGAUCGGGUCACGUGAAAUGCAAGAUGUCGAAGCGGUUGGAGAGGAGGGUCCAGAUUCCAUCACGGCGAUUCUAUGGAAAUAUCCGCAGCGACUCUUGCCAGAGCGAGAUGUUCACUCCAAAGUGACAGACACAGCAGAAGGGAUUCCGCAUUCGGAAUUCACAAUGGCUCCCAGAAAAACUUCAAUAAUAACAAUAACGUUAAUGGCGUCGUGUAACGUUACGAAUUGUUUUCGAACUGAACUACCAUUACGUUUUCCAAUAUUAAAAAAAUAACGUUGCGUCUCAUAUAUUUAAAAAAUAACAUUAAGUUUAAAGAUUUUAAUAGCUUAAAAUGUAUAAAGUUCAAAUUAAUUUGUUCUAUUUUCAACAGGAAUUCUUACUUUCUCUCUAAAUAAUGUUAUUUGUACAUGAUUGAAAGAGAGCUUUAAAACUUUAUACAUAUCUAUGAUAUAGGAUAUAAGGCCAUACUUCAUGUUUAUAUUAAGUUAUUUCGUUAUAUUUUUGUAUAUAUGUAGUUGUUAAUAUCUUAAAUUUGUGAUAAAAUGUGGAGUUAUGUAUAGUUAGUAUGUUAACGGAAUUAUUAUAUAAAAGCUUAGAUGUAGUCUGUGUGUUGUAAAACAUCUCAGUUAAGUGCUUUUUUCUAAUAUAAUAAUGACAUUGACGAUAUCAUAUUAUAAAACAAACAUUCCAGGUUAUUUUUUUUAAUAUCUUUAAAAUAAUUAUAGAGUGAUUAUAUUCCAUUCCACUUAGAAUCUUGUUUUGUAAACAAUUUUUACUACUUUUAUAGAAGUAAAUGUUUAUAAAUUUUAUAUAUUUUCAUGAGGUCUUAAAUAUGGCUGAGAUAUGCUAAUAGACAUACAUGCUAAUAUAUGAGUAUAUAUUAAAAGUUUAAUUUAUACAAAAAAAUGUUGAUUUAAAUUUAAUAUUUUUUAUGUUUAAAAGACAAAUUAGAUUAUAUAUUUUAUUCGUUCGUAUUUAUAACACUUUCUGAAUGGACAGGGAUAUAACUGCCUGAUGUAUUGUAAGAACGGUUUAAAGUACUCGAUUGUAGUAUUUUUUUUUAGAAUAUAGUAGUUUAUUAUGUACGCUGGCUGUGAAGCGAUGGAGACUCGGUUCAAUAGGAGUUUUGUACCAGAUUAAGCCUUAAGUCAAAGUGCAAGAAAUUAUUUCAUUAAUAAAAUAUAAAAAACUUUA